GGAUAGCGUUGGUUUCUGCUUUUAUGUGUUUUGACCUUAGGCCCUGCCGUACCGUCCCGGCGGCGAGUUACUUACUGGUUCCGUCGUGUGUGCGUCUCUACUUUAUCCGCGGGCACUAGAGCUACCAUGAACCGCUACACCUUCGCUGCGGGCGAGCGGCUGGUGUCGCCGGCUUAUGUGCGACAGGGCUGUGAGGCCCGCCGCACGCACGAGCACCUCGUACUGCAACUUCUGGAGAAGGGCAAGUGUCCAGAGGAUGGUUGGGAUGAAAGUACGCUUGAGCUCUUUUUACAUGAACUUGCAAUCAUGGAUAGCAACAAUUUCUUGGGCAAUUGUGGUGUGGGCGAAAGGGAAGGGAGAGUGGCAUCUGCGUUAGUUGCUCGACGUCAUUACAGGCUCAUUCAUGGCAUUGGACGGUCUGGUGAUAUUUCUGCUGUGCAGCCGAAAGCUGCAGGCUCUAGCCUUUUGAACAAAAUUACCAAUUCUUUGGUCCUGGACAUCAUAAAGUUGGCUGGUGUUCCUGCAGUGACCAAUUGCUUUGUAGUUCCUAUGGCGACUGGUAUGAGUCUAACCCUGUGUUUUUUAACAUUAAGACACAAAAGACCAAAAGCAAAGUAUAUCAUUUGGCCACGAAUAGACCAGAAGUCCUGCUUUAAAUCCAUGAUCACCGCAGGUUUUGAGCCGGUGGUGAUAGAAAACUGUUUAGAAGGGGACGAGCUACGCACGGACCUGAAAGCAGUGGAGGCCAAAGUGCAGGAACUGGGGCCCGACUCUGUUCUGUGUGUUCACUCCACCACGUCCUGUAUCGCCCCACGAGUGCCCGAUAAAAUAGAAGAACUGGCUGUGAUUUGUGCUAAUUACGGCAUUCCACAUAUAGUCAACAAUGCUUACGGAGUACAGUCUUCAAAGUGCAUGCACCUCAUUCAGCAGGGGGCUCGAGUUGGUAGAAUAGAUGCUUUUGUUCAGAGUUUGGACAAAAAUUUUAUGGUUCCAGUAGGUGGCGCUAUAAUUGCUGGCUUUAAUGAUUCCUUCAUUCAGGAAAUCAGCAAAAUGUAUCCAGGAAGAGCAUCCGCCUCCCCUUCUUUAGAUGUCCUUAUUACCUUGCUGUCACUUGGAUCAACUGGUUAUAAGAAGCUGUUAAAAGAAAGAAAGGAAAUGUUUUCAUAUUUGUCCAACCAACUAAAGAAAUUGUCGGAAGCCUACUGUGAAAGAGUGUUGCAGACACCUCACAAUCCCAUAUCAUUAGCUGUGACACUGAAGACACUAGAUGCACACCACGACACAGCUGUCACUGAGCUUGGCUCAAUGCUUUUUACCAGACAGGUUUCUGGCGCCAGGGUUGUGCCUCUUGGGUUUGUGCAAACUAUGAGUGGCCACACUUUCAGAGGCUUCAUGUCCCAUGCAAAUGACUACCCCUGUGCUUACCUCAAUGCUGCCGCAGCUAUUGGAAUGAAGACGCAGGAUGUAGACUUGUUCAUAAAGAGACUUGACAAGUGUUUAAAGACAGUAAGAAAAGAACAAAACAAACAGAACGAUGUGCCUACGGUUGAUAAUUAUGACAAAACUGAAAAUGUGGCUAUUGAAGACACAGCUUUAAGACUAGAUAAUGUGCUUCUUGACACGAACCAGGAUACUUCCUCAUGACAUGUGAAGGAUUCUUUUUGGUAAUGUGAAGAAAAUGAUGCAGCUGUAGUACAGACAAGCAGUUUUGAGAUAGGACUUGAGAUUGUUGAAUUGAUGAUUUUGUAGAGAAUAUUUGAUCAGGAAGGAGGCUGUGGUCUGAGCCCUUGAUGAUUGUUAUGUGCUUUAGUGUUGACUGCCUCAAUCCUUAUGACCCUUAACAAGUUAGAAUAUGCAGUUAGUUUUUUCUAAUUGUGAGAAUAUUUGUUAAUUAAGCAUAAUGAGUCAGAAUUCAUAUUAAUACAAUGACUAUAAAAUUACCCUCUAAUUUUCUUUGUGCAGUGCUUCUUCCUAACCAUUUUCCAACAUUCGCGAAUUACUUAUAUUUCUGAUCAUACAGAAUUUGGAGAGAUCUCCGAUGCUGCUAGUUAUUGGAUAUUUCCUUGUAGUCACAUUGUGCCUAUGGAAGGGACAUUCCCCGGGAAAGCAGAGUCAUGGUAUAAACUUUAGUUAGAGUAAGGAGUAGUAGUUCCCAGCUGGGGAUAGUUUGCUUGCAUCUGAGUAACACCUAGGGAAGUUUUGGUUGUCAUAGCUGGGGUGAUGUAAUUGGUAUUUGGUGGGUAGAGGGCAGGGGUGCUACCUAACAUCCUGCAGUGCACAAGAUGCGCUUUCAUCAUACAAAAUUAUCCAUCCCCACGUGUCAGUGUGCUGAGAUUGAGAGGCACCGCUCAGAAGUAAAUGGAUUCCUCGUGUAGAGAGAAGUUUCCCAUAGCAGCUUUCUUCAGGAGCAGCCAUGCACUGCCUCGUGGUCCCACAAGGACAUGUAAAAUGGUGGUCCCACGAGAUUCGGCCAUCGCGUGACAUCAUGGCUGUCUUGGUUUGUGUGAGUACAGGCUGUGAUGUCCACAGGUGCUGAAGUCAGCAAACGCCGUUUCUCAGACCACAUCCCGUCAUGCAGUGACAAGUGGCUCUACAUCAGAAGAUAGCUGUAUAGAUGCUAUCGAACUAUACUGCAUAAAGAAUCUGUAGUGAUAAUUGGGACCGCUCACUCUCCAAAAGUCAUAAAUUGUUUUCUAUGGCACUCACACACUUUUCCAGUUGGGCAAGUGAAAACUGUUCCACUUACGGUGUUUACCUUAAGCAGCCUUUGUAUAUUGAGUAGUUUGCUCAGGUGUUGUGCAUAGCCACCUUCAAGAUUGGCUGACAUGGGUGUUUUGAACAUUUUUGCUGGGAGGUGAAAAUGGUGUAGAUGAUAAAUAGGUGUAUUCCUCUCUGUGUGCCCAUAAGCUCAUUUUCUGAGCAAAAUUCUAGACUUCUGGGUUCUAACAAUGAUUUUUGUUAAUUUUAAGAGAUGGGCUAGUAUCUCAGCUUGAGGAGUUAGUGAGGUCUCCAAAUGCAACACUAUGCCAAGGGGAUAUCCCAUAAUCUGCCCUGUGGAGCUCUGGUCCAACUAAGGGAUUCAUGGAGGUCUGGGGGGGAGUGGAUAAGACAAAUAAUUUUGGCAUGUUAAAAACUACUGAGAAUUCCUUUAGUAAAGACUAAUCCAAUUUGAAUGUAUCUUUAUCCAAAGAGGAACCCAUUUUUAAAAAAUGAAAUAACUUCACUCAUCUUAAAUAUAGUUUGAAAAACAUUGCAAUAACAGAUGCUGUGUUUGACUUCUGGAUUAAAUUUCCAUACUGAUUUAGCAGUGUAAACUGUGCACAAGAAAGCAAUUUUCUGGGGUGUUGGUGACAUUGUGCAUUGUCUUAGACUGUCUGUAAACAUGAGCUCAGACCGAUGUAUUUCCUCCCGAGCAGGGAGUGAAUGUGUCAGACUACUUUAGACACUGGCUCAGCAGCCUUGGAGACCAAGACUGAGUUGAAUUAAAGUAUUUAAUAAACAUGGUAUAGGUUAUUUUUAUUUUUUAUUUUGG